GCAAGUUGCAAAAAGUCCUCUGUUUCCACUUGACUUUUCAUGAACUGAUUACGGGUGGCUGCUAAAAAGCUGGGCCCGCUGCAGCUAAGAGUUGCCCCAGACUCCAAGGAAGCUUUCAGGAUGGGUCACUGCAGAAAUCUUUGUGAGGAAGAGCAUGCCCAGGGCACAACAUUGCUUUCACUGCUCUUGUUCCCCUCUCCCUGCCCAUCAGCUGUCCCAGCACCCUGGUCCUGGCUGAGGGCAGACCCUGGUGCCCCCAGAGUGCCGUGGUCAUCACAGAUGCUCUGCAGAGGCAGCAGGGGCUCACCGGGACCUUGGGGCUUGCAGAAGAGGAAGGCUGGUCUGUGACACCCCACCUUGGAGGGUCAACCUGGCUCUGGAAAGGGCAUCUCCUGCACUGACACGUGAGUGAGAACAAAUAGUAGCCCAUCCAGACCCUCUCCCAACAAGGACAGAUGCUCUCACGUCUGCAUAUUUUCUGCUGCUUCGUCUCGCCAGGUUUGGAAGGUCCUGGGCAGUGGAGAGUCCAAGCACUUAGGGAUGAGCAGUUUCAGUUCCCUCCCCUUCCUGGGCUGGCCCAGUUUGCACUGGGGUACCUCAGGCAGGCUGUGGAUAAAUGAGGGGCUGGGGGAAGCAACACAAGGGGAGGAGCACUCUGCAACUUUCCAAUGUAAAUUACAUGGAAAUCAGGCUUCUGCGAGGCCAAAGGCCCCUCUGGAAUAGGGCCUAUAGUUAACACAACACUUGUGCUAAAUGAGGCGGUUGACACAGCUUUCAGGCGUAGUGCCGCUGUUGAUUUACCGUGUGAAAGGGCUGAACCCCCGGUCGGGGGAGGAAUUGCCCCACCGAGGACCGAGGCUUUUUCUCCCCAUGGACGAACUGCAUCCUUCCACCCCUGGGACAUCAAUAUUUAUGAGGGGCAAUCCUCUUAGCUGAGAAAUGUGCAGCGCUUUUAUAAACCCAGUGUGGCAGAAAGCGUGAGCCCUAUCCAGGAUGUGCACUACGGAGAUGGUCACAGUGAUGUCUGGAGGUCUGAGGUGGCCCCCAAAUAUCUCCAAGCCCUCUGAACCUCUCCCUGGAGGCCUGUGCCUGACUGGAAAAGGAGCCUGGGGUUUGUCAGGCCCCCACAGCAGCUCCUCUGCUGGGUCCCUAAGCUGAGGGACCCCUGUGCAUACAAGGGCUAUUCCUUUCAUGCCGGGGCAGUCUGUCUUUUUCUUUUUAGCAGUCAGAUGUGAGAUUGCUUGGCUGCUGUCCCUGAGCUGAGAGGACAUUUUGGAGCUACCCCAGCAAAGCAGAACUAAUUCUCCACUUGACAGAUCCUGCGUCUCAGCCGCAAGGGUACAGAGCUGGGCUGCCUUUGCUUUUAAAUCCACAAAUUAAACCCAGCCUUCAUGCACUGUGUGUGCCCAGCAGUGAAGGGAAAGCUGGCUGAUGUGUGAGUGCAUGCAUCCAGCUUCUUCUUGUACUCAGACCUGGGCAGGUGCCGGUGCCGGGGGGCAGCUCAGGAUUUCCACCAGGCUGCAGGAGGUGCGACCAGGGGCUCCACGUGGAAGCCAGCUUUUCCCCAAAAUGUAGUGGCAGGGUCGAUUUGCCUGCACGUGGCUGUCUCCACAGCACCAUGGUACUGUCAGAGUAGAGGGCAUCUCCUGCUUAGGGACACGAUAACCACAUCAGCCUGCUUCUGAACCCAGUGUCGUGUUAAAGCCGGCUUUUGAAUAAACAUUGGAUCUCAUUUACAAGCUCAGAGCUGACAAAACAAAACAAAACACACACACCAAAAAGAGAGAGAGGAAAAAAAUAAAAAGAGAAAAAGAUUUUAUUUCCAUCUUUUCCUGCAGAGUGCAUCCGACCCAGCCAAAGUUGCACCCCGACUAGUAAGCAGUCUGAGUUCCUGCCCCAUCCCUCCAGAAAGGGGCAGAGAGCAGCGUUGAGGAGAGAAAAGGCAGGACAGAGAGAAUCUCCUGGGAGAUGCAAAACGAGCUCCUGGAUUGCUAGGACUAGUGGUGACACGCGCCAGACAAAGGACCUGCUAUUCUAUAAAUGAGGCGGCCAGGACCAGCACCAGGCUGACUCCAUCCAGCGAGAGCAAGCUCUGCGGCCAGGCACGGCGAGAGCUGCCGAGGAAGGAAAAGAGGAGACAUCCGAUUUUGCUGUACCUUCACCUGCUGACCAGGUUUGACGAGCUGCAAGCACCUGUGACCAGAAACCGCUGUGGGAAUGACAAGGAAGAUCUUCACCAACACCAGGGAGCGAUGGAGGCAGCAAAAUGUCAACAGCGCCUUUGCCAAGCUGAGGAAACUCAUUCCCACCCACCCGCCCGACAAAAAACUGAGCAAGAACGAGACGCUGCGGUUAGCCAUGAGGUACAUCAACUUCCUCGUCAAGGUCCUGGGGGAGCCCGGCCUGCAGCAGACAGCAGCGGCAGCACGAGGCAGCCUCCUGGGCUUCUUCCAGCAAGCCCCACGCCUGCAGAGCAUGGAGGAGCUGGGUCUGAUUGAAAACUGUGGCGUCUCCUCUCCUGGCGUGAGCGGCAAUAUUGCAGAGUGCUGCUGGUCAGAGACUUCGUCUCCUUAGGAGACAAUGAGAGAUUGGUGUCAGUCUGAUAGUCCCCCUCUUUUUUUUUUUUUUUUUUUUCAGAAUCUGUGGGUUUCUUCUCUGUGUAUAAUGAUUAUAUAUUUAUAUUUAUUACAUUUUUUUUUAGUAAGUUUUUAUUGAACAGGAAAGGAAUUCUUUGGUCAGCCACCAACCUGAAAGACCACAGAGAGAAUUCUCAGACGUUGGGAACCUGGAAGGACUCACCGCUGCCACAGCAGGGUCCGAGCCAGAAGGGCAUUCUGCCCUGAUCUCUAUUAGUAAGAAAUUCAUCCAGUGGUUCUGGCAGGGAAAGAGAUUGUUCUCCCAUGCUAUUUUGAGGAAAAGCUACUGAGCUCAAGAAAUCCCGACUGUACCACAAAAUUUGUCUGGGAAAGACAUCUGACCUCAGUACUUAACGAUUUUUGAGGGAUGUGAUAUUUGCUCCAGUCAUUCACCAGUGGUUCCAGUAGCUACUUGCUUUCAGCGUUGAGCCUGCAAAUCUUAUUUCCAGCUUGAAUUAUUACUAUUUUUUUUGAAACUACAAGUCCUAGCCCUUGAACCUGGCCACACCUUUCACUGGGCUGGAGGAAUCCACAAUAUUAGAACAAAAUACUAUUAAACAAAACUAAACAUUAGUUUAAAGAGGUCCCAGGAGAAAGGCCUCUGUGAUGCGCUGAGAAAACCUUCUUGGAAGUGCAAGUGAGAGGUGCCCCUUCCCACCCAGAGGUGCAGAAGCAGUGGGUGCAGAUUGGGUCUGGCAGAAGCUGCUGGACAUACGGGACCAGCACACUCUGGUCCCUGUUUGGCACAGGGGGCAACCACCUUGCUCUGGGCGUUUAGGUGACAAGCAGGCUGAGAGAGGUCUCAGGAGGGGUGACCAUUGUGGGUUGUUGCACACAAAUCAAUUUAAUUUCCUGAAUUAUGGAUUCAGGAAUGAUUUUUCCUGAUCUAUGUCAGCAGAGAUCUGGUCUGCUUAUGAAAAGUAUAAACCUGUCUAGAGUAACAGAAAAAAAUGACACAAGGUUUAAGCAGAUCUGCUUCCUGGUCAGAUCCUGUUCCCACUGACACAAGUCUUUUCUCUUUCCAUUUGGACCCAGGUACACUUCAAUACUUAGAAAAAAUAUAUAUAUUCAUGACAAGUGAAUAAAUGGAGCUCCCAUGUGCCAAGGCAUCUCCCUGGGCUGUUUCUGCUUAUUCAUGAGGGCAGUCCAGGGCUGGUGCUGUAGGAUGCAGGAGUCAGUGGAAAACUGAUCCAAAAAAUAAAAAAUAACAAAAUCUGAAAGUGUUGAUGACUGUGCCAUUUUGUUUCUGAACACUGUGAGUCUUCGGUUUGCUUAUCCCUGCAUUUCGGAGCUAUCAGGGCUGAGGACUGUGCUGGAAAGCAGCUAAGUGAAAACACACUAAGAGACUCUUGGAUGGCCUGUGCAAUUAGCACUGCCAACUCUGCCUGCUCUAAUGUCACCGAAUGGAAUCACAGCCUCUUCUGCACGGAGCCUCAGAGGUAAUGAACCAAGUCCUAGCUUUCUGUUUACUUGCUGAGAGUUACAGCAAGACAAAUUAGUCCAAGUCAGAGUACUUAUUGGUGAGGUGUGGUGGUGUUCUUCGGUCCAUCACCCACUUGAUAUCCUAGGAAACACACAUCACCGAGUCAGAACAUCUUGUGAGUGGAGUUAUUGCCCAGGGAAGGUGAAAGAAAACCUGUCUGUCGUGUAACACAACAUGCUUAUAUAUUUUUUGUCCUAAAAAGUUCCCUUCUCAUUAUUGCUUUGGUUCAUAUCAACACUUUCUUUGUUCUCCUUUCCAUUUAGGAACUUCUUACUCUCAUGUUCUACUUGUGUUUGACUAGAUCUGUCUACCAAAGAUUUUUUUUUUUUGUCAUUUUUUUUCUUUGUGUUUUGCAGAUUUCUUAUCUGUAUGAUCAUGAACAGACAUGGUGCACCACCUGAUCAUAUUUUGUGCUAUAUUUUUAACGUCUAAUAUAUUCCAAAUAAAUUAUUUAAGAAACAAAUCUAUCUUUGUCUUUAUAGCCACUAAAAUUCAAUUUUACAUUUUUGUAAUAUUUCGUAGGGGAUAUCAGAAACAUCACAGUAUAAUUUCCAGUAGAGAAUCAUUCUACUACUCAGCACUUAUGCAAGAUUAUUGUUCUUAAGGAACAACAUGGGAAUAUUUACAGAUGAUGAAAAAUGCCAGAAAUUCUUUGUUUAUUAUAAUUUACACUUUUUGGUGGAAAUCUAUUUCGGUCUAUGUAUGAAGAUGAUUUUGACCAGCUCUUGAAAAAGACAGAUAAAUAAAAUUUAAUUGCGAAAUACUGUUCUGUCUUCCAAAUAUUUACAACUCAGAAAAUUUUAGCCAACUCCAUUUUAAAAAGCAGAAAUAAUCCUGAAGAGUUAAUGUGAACUCUGAUUUGAGUCUAUUGUUAUCCAGAAAUGUUUAAAUAGUCUGGAUUCAGACUGGAGCACAAGUUCAGAUAUAAAAACUCUUCCAAAUUUCAGGGGAGCUUGGGAUGUAAAGCUGCUCUGGCUAGCACCUGGUGGGAACAAUCUAAUCCCCAGCUGAAUACAGGGCUGGGAGAGGGAGAGGGAGUACUAAGGUGACAAAUGAAAAAGCUGUGAGGAAAAGACAGAAAAUCACUGUGACACAGGGACAAUUUCAACUUUUUUCUCAACUGGAUGUCUCAUACUGCUCUUU